GUCUGUCCUUUCCAACACACACACACACACACACACACACACACACACACCAUCUGUCAGAAGUUUGAGACUCAAGAAAGUGUUUCAUGCGACUUUUUGUCAGGAGCCGAGCUGCUUUGCUGAAAGAAGACGCAGCCUUUUGUCAUCGGGGGUUUAUUGAAGAAGGUAACUUCUCUUCUGUAGAGUCUUUUUUCAGCCAGCAUGAUUCUGGCCACGUUGAAGGACAUUGGGAAGCAGCUCCUGCGGGUGAAGGUUGUGGACUGUAACACAGAGGAUUCCCGCUUGUCUCGAUGCCUCAACACAUUUGAUCUGGUGGCUCUGGGUGUGGGGAGCACCCUGGGAGCUGGAGUCUACAUCCUGGCUGGAGCUGUGGCCAGGGACAGCUCUGGUCCCGCCAUUGUCCUCUCCUUCCUCAUCGCUGCCCUCGCCUCGGUUCUGGCUGGUUUGUGCUACGCCGAGUUUGGAGCUCGUGUCCCCAAGACUGGCUCGGCUUACCUCUACAGCUAUGUGACCGUGGGAGAGCUGUGGGCCUUCAUCACAGGCUGGAACCUCAUCCUGUCUUAUGUGAUCGGAACUUCAAGUGUGGCCAGAGCUUGGAGCGCGACCUUUGAUGAGCUGAUUGGACGACAGAUCGAGGCGUUUUGCAGACAACACAUGACCAUGAACGCCCCGGGUAUCCUUGCAGAGUUCCCAGACAUAUUUGCUGUCUUCAUCAUUAUCACUCUGACAGGACUGCUUGCAUUUGGAGUGAAGGAGUCGGCCUUGGUAAACAAAGUCUUCACCUGCAUCAAUGUGCUGGUGCUGCUGUUUGUGGUCAUCUCGGGCUUGGUCAAAGGAGACAUAAAAAACUGGAGCUUGAACCCUGAUGAAAUCCUCAAUGCCACUAGCAACUCCAGCCUCAACAUGUCGAAACCUUUACCACCCAAAGAAAGUCUCGGUGAGGGUGGCUUCAUGCCGUUUGGCUGGUCUGGAGUGCUCUCUGGUGCUGCCACCUGUUUUUAUGCCUUUGUGGGGUUUGACUGCAUUGCCACUACAGGAGAAGAAGUGAAGAAUCCUCAGAGGGCCAUUCCUAUCGGGAUAGUGGCCUCUCUCCUGAUCUGUUUUGUGGCGUACUUCGGUGUGUCGGCGGCUCUCACUGUGAUGAUGCCAUACUACAUGCUGGACAAGAACAGCCCUCUGCCCGUGGCCUUUAAGUACGUGGGCUGGGAGGGAGCCACUUAUGCGGUGGCCAUCGGCUCUUUAUGUGCUCUGUCGACCAGCUUACUAGGCUCCAUGUUCCCAAUGCCCAGGGUGAUCUGGGCCAUGGCAGAGGACGGCCUGCUCUUCAAAAGUUUGGCUAAAAUCAGCUCCAGAACCAAAACCCCUCUAACAGCUACAGUAACAUCAGGUGUUGUGGCAGCUAUCAUGGCUUUCCUAUUUGACUUGAAGGACCUGGUUGACCUCAUGUCCAUCGGCACUUUGCUGGCCUACACUCUGGUGGCUGCCUGUGUGCUGGUCCUCAGGUACCAGCCUGAACAGCCCAGCGCGGCCUAUGAGAUGGCCAACACUCAGGAUGACCCUGAAACGGAGUCUUUCAACGAGGGGAGGAUGGACAUGUUGCCACAACCAGACGACCACUUCACCAUCAAGAACCUCCUCAGCCCCUCAAACACAGAGCCGUCCCCUCUGUCCGGGUUUGCGGUCAACAUUUGCACCAGUAUCAUCGGCGUGUUGGUGUGUGUGUUUAGUAUUGUAGCUGUCCAUGGAGGUCUGGCAGUCUGGUCUCUGUUUGUCAUCACUAUGAUCCUGGUGGUCUGUGUGAUUCUCACCUUCAUCGUGUGGAGACAGCCGCAGAGCAAGACCAAGCUGGCAUUCAAGGUUCCCCUGCUGCCCUUCCUCCCAGUCGUUAGCUUGUUCAUCAAUGUCUAUCUGAUGAUGCAGCUCGACAGAGGAACCUGGAUGCGCUUUGCAAUCUGGAUGGCUUUUGGAUUCCUAAUCUACUUCACCUACGGUAUCCGCAACAGUGCCGAGGCAGUGCUGACCAAGUCUAACAGCUACACACCAGCCUGCACGAUAAACGGAGAGCCCAUGGCCACGGAGAAGGAUGCCUUCAUACGCGACUCCCAAGACCCCGAUGCAGAGGACGAUGAUGAAGAGUCAUGAGGAAACAGGAGGUUCACUGAUUCGUUCUGCAGAUCGAACGUUGACAUUUGACAAAACGUUUUAAAGAGGCGGCGUAUGGAGAUCUAUGUGUGGUACUGCUAUCAGCGCGUUGUGCUGUCUUUUAAUUCUGGCCACAAAAGAGAUGUGACCUAUGUGGCUUUUUGAUCUCGUUAGCCUUUUUAAAUUCCAGGUCCAAAGUUUUUAAAGACAUGAGAUUCAACUGAAAUCUUAGAACUAUUCAGAAGAUGCUGUUUUCUUUCUGAACAGUCCUUUUUGAAUAAUUUACACGUUGAUGUGAUUCAUUUUACUGGGCACAAUGAAUUCUUUAAAACCAAAGGCAGAGCACAAGUAGAUUGAACUAUUUCUUAUCCAGGCCUAUGAAUUUAAGAAAUAUAAAUGCUGUUUAUAUUUGUUCUUGAGACUUCUUCUCAGAGCUUUUAAUUGCUAUAUUUUAUAUUUUAGCUAUCAACACUAUUUAUUUUUAUCCCAACAAAUCCGGACAACUUGAGCAAAAAAAAAAAAAAAAGAUGUAACGGUCUAAAAAAGACUUCAUGUUUUGGUUCAUCUUUUCCGUAUGUAGAUGGCAGAUUCUCUGGUUAGUGUUUGUCACUCAUGUUGCUUCCUAAAGAGGCACAGUGCUGGCUACUGUGUCCUGAAUCCAACGGAGAUCAUUUUUAUCAAAUCUAAGUCACUGUAUUUCACUCUUUUUAUGAAUUACAUUAAUUAAGAAUCAGCUACAAAGUAUUCUGAAACCAGCUGAGGAUGUCCCGGUCUCUUUGGUGCCUUAUGUGUUGCAAGUUUACCUCAAAGGUUGAACUUUGUGUUGAGAUAAAAAUGUGCUGUACCUGUUCUUUUUUUUUUUACACAAACAGUAUAACUCAGAGACAGUGCUCUAGAUAAUCUGGUACAGUUAUGUGUUGUCAGUAUGGCUCAGUGAGGAAAGGGAGAUUUGUCAUGCCGCUGGUUUGCUCAGCGCACAUUUACAAGAGAUCAAAUUCACCAGACAGUUUUGUCUGUUGGGAAAACGCACCUUGUUAACCAGCAAAAGAGAAAGAGAAAAAAAAAAAGCUGCUAAUGUGGGCUGAUAAAGCAGUACAGUGGAUGUAUUAUAAGUGCCUGUUUCCUAGAUGAAUGUUACACCUCUUUAGAGGAUGGCUAUUGCUCUAUCAGAAGCUACUAGAAUGAAAUGCAUCUUUUGUUUGUAGAUGGAAAUUUUGGAUUUUUGAAAAACACAUUUAUGUAAAAAGUAAUCAACUACUCUCACGUUUAAGUUCACACAGAUCUGAAUCUGUACAAUCAGCAAAGUACGAUCAGUUGUGGUUAUUUAUCACCCGAGGUUUCCGUAGUGAUGACUCCCUGACAGUUUGCAGAUUCACGAGCGGCUAAAAUCUGAUCUCAUCAUCCGUCCAUUUGUGUGUGUGUGUGUGUGUGUGUGUGUGUUAACGACGAACUCAAAUGCGACACAGUUAAAAAAUGUCUUCACUAAGUUGCUUUUUAAAUGGAAACCCUAAAGAAUGAAUUGUUUUGCUAUUUAUGCUCCAAUGAGAGGAACUAUCAGUGUGAGGUGAAACCAGAUUCUGUUGGAUGUAAUUGAAUUAUGAGUCAAUCAAUGUAGCUAUUUAAUGACCCUCAGUGGAAGACUCUAAUGAUGACUUUGAUGCAGAUUACAAAUUAAAAAUAUUGGAUAGCUUUGUGAGUAAGCACAGUUAAGGUGGCGUAUUUGUUUGAGAAGAUUCCAAAGCAGCAGAAAGUCAAUGUUAACCAAAUAGUAAAGAUGUUUUUACUGUGAGAUGUGUGAAUCCACUGCAGAUGAUAACUUAUCAUUUGUUUCUGUUAUGAAAUGGAGAUACAUUAUUAGCUUUUUAACAACACGUGAUGUCUAUAUUUGUAAAUACAGUUUUGCUUUCAAGUUUCACCUUAUGUUACUCUAACCAAAAAUCAACCAGCUUACAUCCGUUAAAUCUUUUGUGGCCGACACCACGGCAAAUAAAGAACACUAAUAUCACCUGUUCCAACUGUUCUGAAGCCGUUCCGUUAAGUAGGUUUUGGUCAGGUUGAAUUUCAUCUCUCUUUUGGAUGUAUUACUUACUUCUUUAUACCUGCUGAGUUACAAUUUUAAUGUACGAGGCUUCGUGGUAUUUUGUCCUGAACACUGUUUUAUGGAAACUAUUGCAUGCUGCACUAUUUUAAAGUUUUACCAUUUUAAAAAACUCAAUGAAGAUUUCCAAAAUAAAAUAAAUCCGUUACUGUUUUACAUCCUAAACAGGUUUACAGUGCGUCAUUGUGGGAAAGGUCAAACUGCUCACUGUGUGUUGUCUUCAUGCUGGUUGUGGUUUGUAAAGUUUCUUCUGUAAAUAAAUGAUGCUGAAAGUUCAA